AGUUCACGUGGCCAAUAUUUUAUCAAAAUAAAAUAUUUAACAGUCAAUUUAAUAAUUUUUCUGUCAUUUAAAAUAUAAUUUAUAUAAAAAAUAUUAAGAUCUUUGUAUUAUAAGUGAGUUGAGAAUGUUGGGUGAACUAGAAGUAGACAAAAUCUUUAAAAGAAAAUACGAAAAUACGAGUGAAACUUCUACACAGUCAAACGAAAUGAGUAACAAGAUAUGUCAUCAGCAUUAUGAUCAUUCCUAUGCCAAAAAUAUAAUAAUUGAUCUUGUUAAUGAUGAUUGCCUGUGUGAAAUAUUUAUGUAUGUCCCAAUAUGUGAAAGAUUAAAAAUUGCACAAGUAUGCAAAAAAUGGAAUAGAGUUCUUUAUUCUUAUUGUUUUAAAUUAAAAAAAUUUGUACUAUCUCAUUGGGAGUAUGAUCGCCCUCAAAAUGCUUUAAAGCAAUUCAAAACAAAUAAGAGAAAAUUGAGUUUUUUAAGAUCAUUCCUUAAUAACUCCUGCAAUUAUUUAACAGAAUUAGACUUGGUAGCAUAUGAUAAUUCGAACAUAGUACCUAUUCUUAAUGAUUCUUGUCCAAACCUUGUAAAACUUCGAUUAAGAUUAAAAUAUCCUUUUGAUAAUAAAGACUUAGAGAAUGCAUUUUCAGGUAUGUCUAAAUUAAAAAUAUUAAAAAUUAUAAUUCAACGUGCUUUUAAAAUACCUAGCACUUUAAUUUUAUCAUUGCGUAACGUUGCGAAUACUUUGAAUGAACUGACUCUGAUAAGUCAGAGCGAAGGCACAUUUACACUUUGUCAAUUCUCAAGCUCAUUCUUGACUAUAAUUCCUCAACUAAAAGCCCUGAAAAAAAUUGAAAUUGGUGGUAUGUGCAUUACCAGUUAUAUAUCUGAGGCUAUCGCUAAUGCUAAAUUAGAUUUUCAUUAUCAUGAACACAUUUAUAAGAAACUAAAAGAAGUUAUAAAUCGUGAGCUUGAAAAUAUUACAAGUCUUUGUUUGCACAAGCCAUACGAACUUACAGAUGAUAUGUUAUAUAAUGUUGCCAACAACUUCGAGUUCUUAAACUAUUUCGGAGGAGAUUGUGCAUUUGUAACCGAUGUUGGUAUACAAGCAAUUACAAAGAUGAAACAUUUAGAAAACCUUUAUCUAAGUGGCAAAAAUAACGUCACUGAUUUUCCAUUAAAACUGCUCAAAGGGCUCAAAAAAUUGGAACUACCAGACAGUUAUAACAUAACUAACAAUUCUAUUGAAAAAAUUUUAGAAAACUCACCGUAUAUGCAGGAAUUGGCGUUUAAACAUACAAGUAUAACUCGUGAAUUUUUAACAAUAGUAAUGGAGGCAGCAGAAACACGUAAAAUAGAUAUGAGAUUAUAUGUUCAAUUUCCUGGUCAUUGUGUGGAUAUAAUUAAACGUAAAUAUUUUUUCGCUCAUUGCUACUGCGAAAAGAAACAUUCGCCAAAUAUAUUUGAUUCAUUGAAUAAAAAUUAUCUAUGAUUGAUAAAAAAAAUUAUGUAGUGUAUACAUUUAUUCCAGCAAAACUAGAAAAAAAAAAAAAAAAA